AUGACGAAAAUAGAGCAGAUAUUUCAAACUUUAGCAUAUCAAUAUAUGGAGGGUAUUCCAACAAUAGAUAUAUUAAAUGGUGAAAAAAAGACAAAAAGAGAAUUAUAUUUAAAAUCAAUCGAGUUAAACAAAGACAAUUCGCCAUCCAACAAUAACUUAGCAAAUACAAUGCAUCCAAGCUAG